AUGUCCAAUGGGACUUACCCAUCCAGCCCGGCAACGCUUCCUCUGACACCAUCUCCGUCAACGGAACAAUCGAGAACGCGAUUGAUGAAAUGGAAUACCUCCAUCUCGGCCAGAACCAAACCUUCCAAAACUACCUACGAGCCCUUGCUCAAGCCAACACCGCUCAAGACACGGAAGACCCGACGGGGUGGGACUGCGACAUCGAGGGUGUCGGAUGCCAAGCAUGGGCCCCAGAAAAAAGGUAUUACUUACCUCCGUGGAGUCGAGGGCACCCCCAAAAAUGGCCCUGGGCCAAACGAGUGUGGGCGUGUUAGCUGCGGGUAUGGGGCUGCUAUUCAUGGGUGCAAUGAGAAUGGCUUUGAGAAAGAAGUCACCUGGAAUGGUAUUGCGGAUGGGGCGGAGGAUUUGAAGGGAUUGUGUGGGACACAUAGGCGUUGGUCAACGGUGAAGGUCAGGGUUGAUUUCAAGGAUAAUUGGAAUGUGGUCGUGGUGGAUAAUGAUUGUUGAAGGGGGCCCAGGGCAAUCUUAAGCCUCGAUGCUGGACUAAGGGUUCACAAGUUGGAGUGGAAAGGUUGCUGCGCUGGAGACAUAUGGGAGUCUGUUGAUUAUAUGUCAGCCUUUUUCACCUCUCUUAUAACAGGCAUACAACAAAACCGUGAAAGUAAAAAGCUCAAGAACUCAGUAUUCCUCAUUUCAUCGCCAGGAUGGCGCAGCGACGGCCAUCAUCAAGUCUCUACCUACUACCCCUCCAGCCAAG